AUGCGUUCCGAAAAUUAUCAUUCUGUUGAUCGCAUGAAACUUCCCGUUGAACGUUUACAAGAUUCUACUCCACAUUUCGUUCUUAAUGUCACCCCUAGUAUCGUAUUGAGAAAUGCACUGCCAUAUACUAUUUCCUAUCGAUUAGAGGGAUCCGGCAAACAUGAAGUACUUAAGGAGGGUAAGAAAUGCUCUUUAUACUCUGUGAUCCCCACAGCAAAGCAAGUCAUCCAAAUUGAGGGAGUUGAUGGGAGAACCGUUGUUGAGCAUCCUCCUUCAGUCAAUCCUAUUAUAUUUUCAACAAAUUCUAAAAACUUUUUUUCAAGUGGCAAGAUAUCCUGUAGUGUACCAGGCUUCACGAAAUGGUCAGAUGGAUUUUCAAUUGAUGCAGUUGGUAAUGCUGGUUGUAUACAGUGUCAUAAUCUCAAGGACAAGAACUUAUUUGAGAUUGGCAUAAGUUCAUCUUUAUCCAAUUUCGGAUUAACAAAAUUUGUGAAGUUUUCUCCCUUCCAUGUUAUCUCUAACCAAACGAAUUAUGCUAUAACAUGUAUGGAAAGUGGUGUAAAUAACCCAUAUUCAGUGAUGGUUCCCGCAGGCAAGGUUAUCCCGUUUUGGCCAUCAAAUGGAAAAGUAAAGAUGCGAAUUACAGCUGGCACUGGUCGAAUUUAUUCACCUCCUUUUAAGUUUAAUGUAGACAACAGCUUUUUACUUAAAUUAGACAACGAGAUUGGUGCUAUCAACGCUAGCGUGCAGAUCUUAGAGUCAUCCAAUAUAAUAUCAUUUUACCCAUAUACCAGUGGUUCUGUGCCUGCUCUACUUAUUAACCGAUUAUCGAAUUUGACCAUUGAGUAUCGGCAAUCCAAUGAAUCUUUAAACCAUAAAUUAGAACCUGGUACACAUCGUUAUUACGCGUUGGAUUAUCCCAGUGGGCCAUCAAAGAUAUGUUGGUGGAUUUCCGGACGAGAAAAAGAGACAGAAAGCAAGAAAGUCAAUAUUGUAGAGGAAGUAAGGCUAGAACGUCGAGAUAUUGAUGUACACAUUAAUGUCCAUGGUAUCGGUCUAUCAUUAGUCAACGAUCGAAUUGGUGUCGAAAUAGCGUAUAUUUCCAUGUCUUCAUCUACUUGUGAAUGGAAAUAUAAAAACAAGAAGGGUCGUUGGCAAGAGUUAAAAGGGGAAAUAUCUCAACGCAUUGAGAACGCCUGGUUAAACUAUCAGCAAAUGAUCGCACGCGGUCAGGAAGUCUCGGAAGAAGUUAUAUUGAACGAAGACUUUAAGGUAAACUUUCGUAAAAUGAUUAUGAUACGAAAUCAUGAUCAUCCAAUCAAACGUCUGUAUAGUCCUGGUAUAGCCAUAGAAUAUGGUAAAUCUCCCAGUCAACAAUACUUUUCGGUUACAGUAAAUAAUAUACAGGUUGAUAACCAGAGGUCAUACCCGUAUUUUCCAGUGGUAUUUUGCCCAGUCCCUCCGCCAAAAUAUGCCAGUGAAGAAAUUGCCGCUCAACCUUUCAUUCAACUGUGCGUUAUUGUCAAAGAAGAAGAGCGAGCAGACUUUAAGCAAAUCCAGUAUCUAAGGCUCCUGAUACAAGAAAUGAAAAUUCAAGUAGACAGAGGAUUUAUAAUGGAUAUGAUUGAUAUUUUUCAAGAGAGAAUCAUGCCAAAUGAGUUGGAUUUAAGCUUUUCAAUCAACGAAGGAGCACAAACAUCCACAAACCACACUGAUGACUUUGUUAUGAAUAGUGCUAUAUUAGAUGUAGCUAUUAACACCGUUGGCUCAGCUGCGACAUCAGUUCGUGAUGCACAAUUUAGAUUAAGUUAUUUCGAAAGAAGGAACAUGUUUUACAGUAGAAAGCAGCUAAUAUCUCAGACUAUUGAAUAUUACCGAAAUCAAUUUAUUCAGCAAGCUUAUAUGGUUGUUUUUGGCCUUGACGCUCUUGGAAAUCCAUCACAUCUAUUUAAUGACUUUAAGACCGGCAUACAAGAUUUCUUUUACGAGCCAUAUCAAGGAGCAGUUACGGGACCGGCUGAAUUUUUUGAAGGUCUUGGACAUGGAGUCACUGGCCUACUAGGCCAUACUAUUGGUGGUACCUUCAGUGCCGCCUCGCGUAUAACCGAUACUGUCGGCAAAGGAUUUGCUGCACUAUCGAUGGAUAAGGAGUAUCAACGUGAGCGACAGAAAGCCUCAUCUUCAAAGCCAAGUGAUCUUGGAGAAGGAUUACUGCGUGGCGGUAAAGGAUUUGCCAAAGGUCUUUGGUCUGGCGUUAGCGGUAUAGUUACCAAGCCCAUCGAAGGAGCAGAAAAGGAAGGUGUUUCUGGAUUCUUUAAAGGAGUUGGCAAAGGUUUAAUUGGUUCAAUUGCUAAACCGACUGGUGGAGUGGUUGACAUGGCAACGAGUACUUUUCAGGGCAUCAAAAGCAUGUCAGGUAUAGACAAGGAGCUGAAUAGAAUUCGUCCGGCCCGUUUUAUUCAUCGAGAUAACGUAAUCCGCGCAUACGAUAAUCAUGAAGCUCAAGGAAAUCACAUAUUAAAGGGUAUGUCUAAAGAUGCAUUUGGAUAUGACAAUCUGCAAGAAGACGCAUACGUUGCUCACGCUUUCGUGGAUAGAAUGAAUAGGAAAUUAAUUAUGAUUACUACAAAGCGAAUCUUGAAAGCAGAAAUACUAACAGAAAAUGAACUGUGGAAGUGUUCGUGGCAAUGUAAUUUUGAUGAUAUGGAAGAAUUGCCAACUUCGACUAAGGAAAAUAUCACUAUUAUGGAAAAGAAAUCUGGUCUUUUUGGUGUCUCGACAGUGUCGACGAAGGUUAUCGACUGUGGAACUUCAGAAAUCGCUAUGCUUAUUUCUCAUCGAAAAUAUUAUCGGUAUAAUUCCUAUUUUAAUGUUGGGUAA